UCAGAAAUCAAUAAUAACCACAGAUUUUACUGGUUUCAUUUUCACUUUUUUUUUUAUGUAAAAUUAUUAUUGGUGUAUUUAUAAUACAUAAAAGCAAGUUUAAUUAAAUGGAGGUCAAACAAGAAAUUAACGAGGAAACCUGUAAAACAGAAAGAGAGUAUAAUGGCUUGGAUGAUGCUCUUUUAUAUGCCUUUGAAUCUGAACUUCAAGAGGAGUCUAAUAAGAAAAGUACUCAUGGCACAUAUGAUCCUUUAGACUUGCAGAAAUGCCCCAUAAAUACUGAAAUAGAACAACAUAGAGAUCCAUUUGAAGAAAUCCAAGAAACUGAAAAAGUUUAUCUGCCAGAUGGAAUCAAAGUCGAAAUCCUGGAGAAACCCAUUGAAGCUUCAUCUUACGAAGGAAAUGGUAUUAGUCGACACACUGAAACAACAACAUUAACUAAAAAUAUAAAAAGUGUGAGUGGAAAAAGACCUUUUAAAUGUGACCUUUGUCUCAAGCAAUUUAGAUUAGCUAGUGGUUUGACAAGACAUUUGAGAGUGCAUACUGGUGAAAAACCUUACAUGUGUGAAGUUUGUUUUAAACAAUUCUCUCUUAAAGAUAAUUUGAAAGUACAUUUAAGGAUUCAUACUGGAGAAAAACCUUAUCAGUGUGAGAUUUGUUAUAAUCGGUUUGCUCAACUAAGUCAAUUGACUUAUCACAUGUCAGUUCACACUGGAGAAAAACGUCACAAGUGUGAGGUUUGUUUAAAGCAGUGCAUUAGUGCAAGUGAGUUGACGAUACAUUUGAGAGUGCACACUGGGGAAAGACCUUACACGUGUGACAUUUGUUUAAAACCGUGUAUUAGUGCAGGCGAUUUGACAAGACAUUUGAGAGUGCACACUGGGGAAAAACCUUACAUGUGUGAAGUUUGUUUCAAGCAGUUUAGUACUCAAGGUAAUUUGAAAGUACAUUUGAGGAUACACUCUGGAGAAAAGAAUUACAAGUGUGAGAUUUGUUGUAAGCAAUUUAGUGAAGCAGGUACUUUGAGAAAACAUAUGCGAGUGCACUCUGGGGAAAAACCUUACACGUGUGAAACUUGUUUUAAAGACUUUUCUUCAACAAGUAGUUUGAAAACACAUUUGAGAGUGCACACUGGAGAAACACCUUAUCAGUGUGAGACGUGUUUUAAGCAGUUUAUUACAGCAAGUCAUUUGAAAGUACAUAUGAAAAAGCAGGACGGAGAAACACCUUAUCAAUGCGAGAUUUGUUUUAUUCGGUUUUCUCAAAAAGUUCAAUUAAUCUCCCACAUGACAGUUCACAAUGAAGAAAACCCUCACAAGUGUGAAAUUUGUUUCAAACACUGUAUUAAUGCAAGUGAUUUGACAAAACAUUUGAAAGUGCACACUGGGGAAAAACCUUACACGUGUGAGACGUGUUUUAAGCAAUUUACUACUGCUGGUAAUUUGAAAAGUCAUUUGAGAGUGCACACUGGAGAAAAGCCUUACAAGUGCGAGGUUUGUUUUAACUGGUUUGCUCAAAAAGUUCAGUUAACUUCUCACAUGGCAGUUCACACUGGACAAAAACCUCACAAGUGUGAAAUUUGUUUUAAACAGUUUAAUAGAUCAAGUCAUUUGAAAGUACAUUUUAGCGUGCACACCGGGGAAAAACCCUACAAGUGCCAAACUUGUUUUAAGCAGUUUAUUACAGCAAGUAUGUUGAAAAGACAUUUGAGAGUGCACACAGGGGAAAAACCUUAUAAGUGUGAGAUUUGUUUUAAGCAGUUUUGUAAGAACAGCAGCUUGAAAUCCCAUUUGAUGUUGCAUUCAUAAAUAUUUUCUCUUUAAGUCAUUUGAUGCAGCCUAUGAUUUGAACAGUAUCGGCUGGUCAGGGGAGGCAAGGGAGGCUGAGCCUCCUUAUAAAAUUUUUACACACCCUAAACUGUUUUGUUUAUUUUGAAUCGCGAAAAGCAACAAGCACUCUUACUAUAAAAAGUGGCAAUUCGAUUAUUUCUAAAGACCACUGGUAUCUAGAUAUCUGUCUUCAUUUUGCUGUUGUGGCGAGCAGUCGUUUGUUAGAAGAUCCAUUGUACAAGGUAAUUAUGAUUUAUUUUUUAUACCGGUAAAAAUUUUCACUAGUUUUUCUAAAUCCUAAACAAUAUUUUAUUGUUUCAGGCUUUUUGGCUUUCGGCUUUCCGUUAUUUUCCCUAAAUGGUAACAUUACGUUCUCAUAAAACUACUUUUUGAAGUUAUAUUUCUUUAGGCGCGAUUUCAUUGAGGGUGAAAUUUUAUUAAUCUGCGCACACAGGCAGUAUGGAGUUAGUUACUAAAUGUUUUAAUUUAUGUAUGUAUCAGUCCAGAAAAGGUGUGGAAAUAAUAUAUUAGUGUUUUUAAAUAUAUUUUUCUAAAAACGUGUUAAAAAUACAAUUUAUAGCACUCCAUAGGAGCGUUAAAAAUGCUACUUUAAAGCACCAGUGCUUUAAACAUUUUAAGGCACUGCAGUUAAAAGUGAAUUGUCAAAUUGUGAAACGUCAAAAUAUUUAUAUUUCAUUUAUUAACAUUAAUAUUAAUAAUACAAAUUGCGCAAUUUGAAAAAGGUGGUUUAAAAAGUUUUUUAAAAUUUCAUUUAAACUGUAUUAUUGCAUUUUUAACACGUUUGUAGAAAAAAACUAUUAAAAGUUAGAAUAUACAAAAAUAAAAGUACAAGAUGUUAUUCUGAUUUACGUAUUGACAAUAUAGGCAGUUUUGAUGUAAUGUCAAGAAAAAUAUAAAAAUGGAAUGUCAAUCAAGUUCAAGUAAAAGUUUUUGUAGGUAUUGUCCUGUAAUUGAGAAUGAAUAAAUUAUAAUUGUUGAUAUAUAAGACGUUUGUAGAAAGAAUAUUGUAUGAUAUAGGUACGUGUUAAAAAGUAUAUUUUUAAGGCACUUACGUGAAUUUCAGAAUGAGCGAAGCGAAUCUUUCACACGAAACUUUCACAUACGUGCCUUAAAAUUGUACCUUUAACAUUUAUAUCAUAAAUAGGUAACUAUUAUUAUAAUUUUUGUGUAUUUGGACUACUAACUACCUCGGGAAUAAGAUAAUAAGUAAUACUAUUUAAAGUAUUUUAUAAUUCACUUCGUCUGUUUGUCACUAUGUCUGAGAAAUCUUGUAGUCCGGAUAAACAAAAGGGUAUAGCUCAGUGGUAGAGCGUUGGACUGGAGAUCAAGAGGACCCCGGUUCGAAUCCUGGUGUUUUCUAAUCUUUUUUUAAUUUUUGGUAUUGUUUCAAUAAAAAGUUUUGUAAAGUAGUAAGUAAAAAUUAAUUUAAUCUUUAAAUAAAAUACAAAUAAACUGUCCGAAAGUAUAUUUAUUUCAUUGAAAUCAUAUUUAGAAGUAUAACUUCUUACCUGCGUACAAAGUACACACACAUUCUUUUUUUUAAUGCAUCCAAUUUCUGCAUCCUUUUUACCAUAAAUGGUCUAUGGUUAGAUGUUUCCGGAAAUCGAAUGGAUUGCUCUUAUCGUACAUGAAUUUAUGGGUCACGUUCCCUCGAAGUUCGUUUCUACCACGGUGUGGUAAUCGCUGAUGUGGUUAUCAGCCAAUUAAAGUUUUCAGUCGAGACUUUAUCCCGGAUUUUUAUCGCUGCUAGUCAAAGCGCGGUAAAAUAUUCAUAUAUUUUAUUUUUGGGUCUAUUUAACUUUGGAUUAAACAGUACAACACACAAAAAGGAAUGUUAUGCUACUUUUUUAAACCAUCAAAUAAAUCUGACUAUGACUUUUUUAUUUUCAAUUAUUUAGCCGUGUGUACGAGUAUGACAUUCAGCCGUGUUAUGGAUGACCUGUAUCUGAUGGGAUGGAUGUAUCUUUAACGUAAAGUUAUCCUGUAGUUAAGUUAUAAUCCUCGAAUUGGUGUGAUGUAUCAAAUUUAACUUAACUAUGUAUUUGCGUUAUUUCUUGACAGUUCUUGAAUUAUCUGAUAUAUCAAUUGUCACUUUAUAACGCGACAUUAAACCUCAAGUUAUGAGAUAACUUUGUAGUUAUGUAAGGAUAUGUAAGGUUAGGUUCAUCUUUUGAUUUGUUUUUAGACAGAAAUCAAGUGAAUUUAGAAGCUAAUAAUUUAAUAAUGAAGAAUAGAAGGGUAAUUCAAUUUUAAAAAUUAUACAAAAAUCAAAUCGAGAGAUAUAAGUUGAAAUUUUAUUUUAAGUGCCUACUGAGCUUUCUAUCCAGAGUUGCCAGAUGAUAUUUUAUAAAUCCCCCUCUUAGAAACUGAAAUUUCCUCAAAUUGAAUGUAUUUCCCAAAUUUAAAUUUUUGCCGCAUUUUAAUAAAUUAGUAGUCAAAUGAAGAGAACAGUAAACCACAAUUAUUAUACUACUUAUCAACGAGGGAGCUGGAAAUAAUUAAUAGUUCCUAUCGUCUUUGAUUAUAUGGGAGUAUAAUAUACAGUUCUGUGUACAUUCGCAAAUUUAAUUUACCAUGACCCCUUAAAAUCCUCCGUAAUUUUCCGCCCCCAAAAAAUCACACUACAAUUUCUGCUUAGAAAGAUUUCCCUAGACGCUUUCAAAUUACUCCAAAAUUGUGGGAAAAUACACCAAUCUGGCAACCCUGUUUCUAUCUAUCGUUUGAAACACCACCGAACCCGAACAGCUGUUUGCUGUUCGGUCAUCGACGAUGGGUAUUUACUUUUACGGUCCUCUACCCAUCCUGGAGCAUGUUCCGAAAUAUCUCUCGAGCCCACUCCAACUUGUACUAUUUCUACAUAAGGUUCUCUUUGUUACGUCAAACUUUAUUCAUCAAAUGUUAUUUCUAAUAUAACGUUGAAAAAAUAACUAUCUCAUAACUGUGAAGAAUACAUCACACCGAAUUUUACCUAAAUGUUUAUGGGCAUCUUUAUACCUGAGAGUAAUCUUAACUUUAACUCAAACGUUAAAGAUAACUUCGGUCAUCCAUCACACGACUGAUUAUUGUAACAUUGUAAUCUUUCAUUUUUUUGCAAAUUGUAUUAUAAGUGUAAUAAAUAAUUUAUUGACGUU